AUAAGUGGGGUGAGAGCCCCACGAAUUCCAACCGGAGAAGGUUCGACGGGUCCGGCGCCCGAAUGAUUAAAAUCCGGAUCGAACCCGAGUCAUAUUUCGAACCCCACCCAAACCCCCGCGGCGCACCCCUGCCCUAAUCGAAGCGACCGCCAAACUCUCUUUUUCUUCGGCGACUGCGGCGUCUCCUCAGUGAACGACGGCUGCCUUCCUCUCCAUCGGGAAACAGCGACCGUUGGCGGUGGCGUCUUCCCCUCCCGUUCAUGCACCACCCUCAAAUUGUGUAGAUGUGACCAUCUCUGGCGUUGCUGCCAUCAUCGGUCGAGGUACUCUGUCUACGUCGCUAUCAUGUCUUUGGAUGGAGCGGAUUGUUGAAUGCGAUUGAGAAGGUGUCUCGUCGUCCAACACGAUUCUUUUCAACGGGAUAAAGUGUGCUUUGCAGUUUCUGAAGCUACUAACUACAAUAGAUAAAUAGUGGAAGGUAGUGUCAGUGUGCAUGUGUCAUAUCAAGACAUCAUUUCAGUGGUGGAGAAUUGCUUGGAUGUGAGCAUGAUAAUAAGUAAAUGAUCAAAGGUACUCUUAAUCAACACUCAAACACCAUUUUCUGAAAGAAAUGGUUUAUGGGAACUGAAUGCAGGUGGAUUUACGUGAGGAAUUUUAUCUCAUACAGAUGAUCAGCUGGAAGUUUCCAACUUCCUUUUGGUUGGAAGCAGAUACAGAAAAUAUAUUUAGUUUGGAUGUGCUUGAUCUGAGGUAGAAGAGGAGUUGGGAAUUAGAGAGGGCAGCGAUUAGAUUAGUUUUUUUGUAUUUUUCUGCAAACAGCACACGAUACUGCUUCAAAAGAUGAUGUUUUUGAUGCAAAAAAUGCGCUUUUGCCUUUUCCCAUGUAACAAUUCCUCCGUUUAUCUUUCCUCCUAUCAACUUUGCAGCCUGUUUAACUUUUCCACUGCCAAAUACGAAAGUUCAGAGCACAGUUCCAACUUGAUAGUGGUCAACCCCCUUCAAUCAUGUGAACUUUCCUCAGAAAAGGCUGCAAAAACAGCCAAGUAUCACACCUGUCAUAAAAGUUCUUCGAGUCUUUCCAUUGAGUUCUUUAAGCAGAAUGGUUGGAGCGAUGCACAAGUCAUGAAACUUACCCAGAAGGCACCCAAGUUGCUGCGUGCUAAGGUAGAGACUACACUGAAGCCCAGGAUGAGAUCUUUGCAGGACAUGGGAUUUUCUGAUACUGAAAUAGUUCAGUUGGUUUCAAAAUGUCCGACUAUACUCUUUCAGAAUAUCCAACCGAAAUUGAACUUCUUGAAGUCACUACUUGGUUCUAAUGAGAGGUUACUGAAAGCCUGCAGUAGGAACCGAUUUCUUCUUACUUCUAACUUAGCUCGGAAGAUAGAGCCCAAUAUAUCUCUCUUAAGGGAAUGUGGCAUCAGUGAUAAAUGCAUCGCGCGUAUGGUGGUGUUGAAUCCGGGUUUUGUUGUUCGAAAAAACAAAUUUAUUAAGGAAGCUAUUGAACAUGUUGUGGAGUUGGGUGUGCCACAUGAUUGUGGAAUGUUUUCUUAUGCACUUCUUGCUCUCUUGAACUUGAGCAGAUCUAAGUGUGAUGCUACCUUUGCAACCUCGAAGAGCUUUGGUUGGUCCCAGCCAGACAUCGUUGCCAUACUCAGGAAUAACCCAUGUGUUUUGAAACUCUCAAUGAAGAACAUAUCUGACAAGAUUACAUUCCUGAUGAAGGAAGCUGGUUGUGAGCUGCAAUGUAUCAUUCGUCACACUGGGAUUCUUUCACGUAGCUUGGAGAAGAGGAUGAGACCUCGGUAUGAAGUUAUGAAUUUUCUUGAGCAGAAUAAAUUGCUGGAUAAAGGACAUAGCCUUAUGUCUGUCUUGGUACUAACUGACGAGAAGUUCAUAAACAAAUUUCUUUUCCGGCACAAGGAGAAAUUUACUGCUCUCUAUAAUUCCUAUGUUGCUGCCGUGCGGGGAAGGCCCCACGAUGUGGCCGAAAAUUAGGAUUGCAAGUGCUUCCUGGAGACAAAUUGUAAACCUAUUGCAUACUGACUGUACUAUUUAAUCAUCUUAAAUUUGUGGCAACUUAUAUUCUUUAGGAGUUUUAUCGAGUAGAACAUCCCUGUUGAGUUUGAUAUUUUAUUUCUAAUUAUCUUUUGCGUCCAACACUAGAUACCAUUUAUUUUA